AUGCUGGGAGAACACGAUCUACACACAAACGACCCAAUUGAGGCUCUCUUUCCUGUACCUGCAGGCCUCAGCUGUCUGCCGCCGGACCUGUUUGACACCAAGGGCUGUACACAGGGCGGCUAUCCAGUUUACGUGGUCAAUGUGACAACUGUCAAACACAUUCAAUUGGCUAUCAAGUUUGCUCGAGACACUGGUGUGAGGCUAAUUGUCAAGAACACCGGUCAUGACUGUUCAGGAAAGUCAUCAGGGGCUGGAGCACUAUCCAUUUGGACUCACCAUCUCAAGGAUAUCGAAUACAUUGCCAACUACACUGUGCUAGGGUAUACCGGCCCAGCAUUCAAAGUUGGCGCAGGCGUGCAAGGCUUUGAGAUCUAUGAAGCAGCACAUGCCCAUGGAUUGCGCGCCGUGGGCGGCGUAUGCCCAACAGUUGGAACUUUUGGAGGUUACAGUCAAGCUGCAGGACAUUCCCUCCUCGGUUCCUUACACGGGCUAGGAGUUGACCAAAUUCUUGAGCUAAAUGUCGUCACCCCAGACGGGGAGUUCCUCACGGCAUCUCCAGACAAGAACGAAGACUUAUUCUGGGCCAUCCGUGGUGGAGGAGGCAGCACCUUUGGUGUAGUGACAUCCAUGGUAGUGAGAGCACACAAGGACGCGACCACUACCUCCGCAGUUAUUGAAUGGGGAGUAACUGAGAACAACAUCACGGUCGACACUUUUUGGUUGGGCGUCACUGCCUACCAUGCUCGCUUCCCAGAGUGGACUGCUGCCGGGACUACGUCGCAUUGGAACCUCAUGCCCACCGGCGCAUUCCCAGAUGUCGCACCACCCGGCGCCGCUCCACCAGAUGGCCAGCCCCUUUUCAGCGUCACACCAUUCAUGGCGCCAGGAAAGACAGUAGUCGAGCUCAAGACACUACUAACUCCAUGGCUUGAGGAAAUGUCAUCUUUCGGCAUCAACGUCAACAUCACCUACACCCAGUUCGACUCCUACGUCGAAGCCCUCGCCGCGGCCUUCCCUCACGGCCCAGACACCCUCGGCAACGCGCACUACAGCUACGGCUCCCGUCUCCUCCCGCGCUCCAGCUCGGAUCCAAAAACCGGCCUGAACAAGACCAUCGCCGCGCUCCGCUACCUCUCUGAGACGGGCCACAUGUUCGACGCCUACCACAUCGGCCCCACGCUCGAAGUCGCCAAGCCCAUCGCGCCGCUGGCCGUGCUGCCCGCGUGGCGCGACGCGCUCUCGCACCUGCUCGUCUUCGUACAGUGGUCGCCGAACGCGACGGCCGCGGAACAGCUCGCCACACGAGACAAGUUCACCAACCACUACAUGCAGGUGCUGCGGGACGCGACGCCCGGGUCGGGGAGCUACAUGAACGAGGCGGACCGGGAGGAGCCGGACUUCCAGACGGCGUUUUACGGCGAUAGCUACAAGCGGCUGCUGGAGAUCAAGAGGGCGUAUGAUCCGGAUGAUGUGUUCUGGGCGGCGACGGCCGUGGGUAGCGAGGGGUGGGCGGUGCAGAGUGUGGACGGGCUGCCGACGGAGAAUGCGGGAUUGUAUAAGGAGCACAGGGAAAAACAGAAGCGAACAAAAGGAGGCACAAAAUCCGAACGUGGAGGUGACAAUAGUCACCGGGAAUUCUAUUUCGUCAUUGCGAGUGGUAUGUUAUCUUGA